AUGAAAUCUACAUCUAGUGAAAUAUUAGAUUAUCGUUGCCGUCUUGAAAGUCCAACAUCACUAGGACGUUCAGGUGUUAGUCAAAUAUAUCAAAUACAUGGACUUCACAGUGAAGGAUAUAAAAUAUUACUCGAAUUAUUUCCUCAAUUAAAAGAUACAUUAUUCAAUGAAUAUGGUGUUCGUACUUAUUCAAUGAAAACCCAAUUAAGACUCAUGCUUAGCGGUGUAUUGUUAAAUCAAGAUUUAACCGAAGAUUUUGAUUGGUUAGGUAUUGAUCGUUUUACAUUAGAAAUAGUUUUGAGAAGAGAAUUGUGUUUGAAAUUUGAUAAACAAAUUGAAUGGAGAUGUAAUACAAGAGUAAUAGGUCUAAUCGUUGAUCAAUCAUUAAAUAUUGUUAAAGGUAUAAAAUAUCGAUCGAAGAAAAAUAAUGAUUCAUUAUCAUUUGAUAUGUAUGGUGAUUUUAUUAUUGAUUGUACUGGUCGAAAUACAUCAUCACCUAAAUGGUUAAAGGAAAGUUUCAAUUUAAUUGUACCAACUGUACAAGUACAUUUUGGUUGUGGCUAUGUUACAUUUAUUGGUGAAAGAUUUAAAACUGAUGAUCCGUCGCUUGAUUCAGCAGCGCUCAUUGGUGCUGGAGUUGACGCUCCUAAUAAAAAUAUUGGAUUUAUUACAACUCCAAUACGUGAAAUAAAAACAAUCGAUGACAAUUCAUUAGGAAUACUAGCAACAUUUGGUAUAAAUUGCGUUAACUCCGAAUAUCCUCCAAAUGAUUCAUACGAAAAUUUAUUAGAAUGGACAAAAGAAAAUCUAGACCCAGAAUAUUAUACGAUACUAGAAAAAACUAAAGUAUAUAGCCCAUUAAUUCCAUAUCGUCGUGCGAUCGAUGAUCGAAAGUAUGUCGAAUUAUUAGGUAAAAAACGGCCUCAAAAUUAUAUAUUAUUAGGUGAUGCGAUGUGUACAUUUAAUCCUCAACAUGCACAAGGUAUGACACAUGCAUUUAGACAUGCGCGAGAAUUGGAGAAAAUAUUUGGCGAGAGUUGUCAUAAAUUGAAAGACAUUUCUCGUAUUUUUAAUCGUCGUGCUUCAGUAAUUACUGAAGAAUGUUGGCUUGCUUCGACUACAAGUGAUUGGAAAACACCGACAUUAAAAGUCAUUGAAACAAAUAAAAAUGGUGAUGUUAAAGUUUAUCAACGAGGUAGUGAUUCCACUACGACAAAUCAUCUUCAGCCACAAACAACUUUAAUAUUGCGAUUUAUGCAAUGGUAUAGUUAUUGGUUUCUUCAAUGUGCAUCGAAAUCUGGAGCAUUAUCUACAGACUUUAUACGUGUUAUGACCCAGCAAAGCAAUCCAUCAAUAUUGAUGAAACCUACAACGCUCUUCGCAGUCACUCGUAUUGUAUUAAUGAAUUAUUUAAAGGACUGGGGCCUAUUUGGUGGGAGAUUGGCCCAUAAGACUUUCUAA